AUGACAACUACUACAUCAGAUGACAGCCUGUCAAAACAUAGUGUUGUUGACUCAAUGGACGCCCAUGAUACAAUACAGCCAUACGAAAUCCAUGCGAUUCAGUCACGAGUUUCACAAAUUUCCCAAAAUUCAGAACAAACAUCACGUUUGACAAGGUAUCGAACAGGACAUUCUGAACUAUCGCGUAUAAUAAGUGGUAUACGAGAUGAUCAACACUUGGAUGAACAAGACGAUAAGAGGUAUAGGGAACGUGGUGAUGCCGAAUACAUUAUUGCACAGGAAUUGGAUCGAGGGAUUAGUCGAAAUGUGAGUCGUCCUCAGAGUCCUGAUUCAGAGAGAGAACAAUUUGAACCAGGGAGUAUACUAGAGGAAGGCAAGUUGGAAGCUGGUGAUGGAGUGGUUGAUGAUUACCCUACCGAUGGGACUUUUGCAUGGAUAAUGUCCAUUUGCGCAAUGUUGGCCUCGUUCUCCACAUGGGGAGCCAAUGCCGGGUACGGGGUGUUUUUAAACUACUACCUAAACUCAAACACAUUUCCUGAAGCUACCGAGUACGACUUUGCCUUGAUUGGUGGUAUUGUUGUGUUUGCUGCCAAUUUUUUGUCGCCGUAUAGCGCCAUCUUGAACAAGGUGCUCGGUUUAAAAUGGGUAUUUGCAUUGGGACUCGUGUUUCAAACGCUUGGGUGGAUAGCCGCUUCAUUUGCCACCAAAGUAUGGCAUCUAUACUUGUCACAGGGUGUUUCUGUAGGUAUUUCAUUUUCACUUAUAUUUAUUCCAUCAACAUUGGCACUCCCCACUUGGUUUGUUGAAAAAAAAGCGACAUCAAUGGGGAUUUGUGUUGCUGGUGCUGGAUUAGGUGGGUUGAUCUUUUCACUCAGUGUAAACAAGGUUAUUCAAGAUACUGGUGAUCAAAGGUGGGCAUUACGAAUGGUUGGAUUUGUCACUUUAUUCGCGGUUGUUGUUGUAAUUGUAUUGAUGAGACCUAGACGGUCAUUGCAACCACAACCACCGAUGAAACAAAGAUUGACCCGUACUUAUAUCAAGGAGAGCUUUAAAGUUAUAUUUGAUUUCCGAGUGGUUAGAAAUUAUGGAUUGCAAAUUGUUUCGUUAUGGUUUGCCAUUGCAUUACUUGGAUAUACAUUGAUGUUGUUUUCAAUAUCGUCGUACUCCUCUUCAAUUGGAUUAACUCAUCAGCAAGGUUCUUCCUUAACGGCAAUUAUGAAUGCGGCUCAAGUUGUUGGUAGACCAGCCAUGGGUUUAAUUGCUGAUCGAAUUGGUCGAUCAAAUUUCACUGCCAUGAUAUGUCUACUCAUUUCAAUACUCUUGUAUGCAUUUUGGAUUAAUGCAAAGACAUACGGAGCAAUGAUUGCAUUUUCGGUCAUUAUUGGGUUGAUUGUAGGUAUUGGAUCUUCUUUGGCACAACCGCUAGCUGCUGAUGUGUUGGAGGGUCAUUUGGAACAAUUACCAGCUGGCUGGUCAGCCAUAAACAUCUUUGUCUCAUUCUUUUGUCUUGUUGCUGAAGUCAUUGCUUUGGCUUUGGUGGUUGAUGGGGCUUCCAAUCCUUAUUUGCAUACACAAAUCUUUGCUGGUACAUGUUUCUUUGCUUGCUUUUUGGUGAUGUUAGUGUUGCGAGAACAUUUGGUUAGCAAGAUUUUGAAAUCACGAUAUGAGAUGGCAAAGACCAAAUUGGAGCAAAUCAAUGAUAAUGUUACCAAAAAUGGGUAUUUAAAGGAGGUAAAUGUGGAGGAAGGUGAGGAAGAAAUUCUACUUGAAAGAGUAGAAAGGUAUGAACAUUUGUUGAGGAGGUCGGUUUUUGCAUUCCUCGGUAGAAUUGUAUAUCCCAUAAAAGUAUAG